AUUUAUACUUUCUCCCUCUUCUAUCUACCAACCCUCAUCUCUCUCUCUUUCUCUCUACACCCUGUAAAUGUUCAUCUCUGAAUCUACUCUUCUCUAGUUCACUACUUGUUUCCAUGAAAUGUUCUUUCUUUUAACCUUCUUCUUGAGCUCAUCUUCAGAGGUGAAACAACCAGAAGUUGAAGAAACAUCUUCUUCUUCUUUCCUUUUUCUCUCAUCGAUUUGAGAGUUUCUUGAUCAAUAAACAUGUCUCAGACCAACUGGGAAGCUGAUAAAAUGCUUGAUGUGUACAUCCAUGACUACAUGGUGAAAAGAAAUUUGAAAGCAUCUGCACAAGCAUUUCAAGCUGAAGGAAAAGUAUCAUCUGACCCAGUUGCUAUAGAUGCGCCUGGUGGGUUUCUAUUUGAAUGGUGGUCUGUUUUCUGGGAUAUAUUUAUAGCCAGGACUAAUGAGAAACACUCUGAUGUUGCUGCAUCUUAUAUUGAGACUCAGUUGAUUAAAGCCCGAGAACAGCAACAACAACAGCAACACCAACAAUCCCAGCAACCUCAGCAUUCACAACAACAGCAGCAGCAGUUACAAAUGCAACAAAUUUUGUUACAUCGACAAGCUCAAGCACAGCAACAACAGCAACAGCAGCAACAACAACAACACGCUCAGGCUCAACAGCAACAGCAGCAACAACAACAACAACAGGCUCAACAACAACAAGCUCAACAGCAGCAACAACAACAACAACAACAACAACAACAACAACGAAGAGAUGGGAGCCACCUUCUAAAUGGAACGAGUACUGCUAAUGCUUUGGCUACAAAGAUGUAUGAGGAAAGAUUGAAAUUGCCGAUCCAAAGGGAUUCUUUAGAAGAUAAUGCAAUGAAGCAAAGAUUCGGAGAGAAUAUGGGACAGCUUUUGGAUCCAAGUCAGUCGUCGUUGCUGAAAUCUGCUUCAGCUGCUGGUCAGACAUCGGGAGGGCAAGUUCUUCAUGGUACAGCUGGUGGAAUGUCUCCUCAAGUUCAGUCUCGGAAUCAACAACUUCCAGGGUCAACACCGGAUAUAAAGACGGAGAUGAAUCCAAGGGCUAAUGGACCUGAGGGAUCGUUAAUUGGAAUGUCAGGUUCCAAUCAAGGAGGCAGCAACUUGACAUUGAAGGGAUGGCCUUUAACGCCUUUGUCAGGCUUAGAGCAGCUACGAUCUGGGCUACUCCAGCAGCCGAAGUCUUUUAUGCAAGGGUCACACCCUUUUAACCAACUUCAGAUGUUGACGCCUCAGCAUCAACAACAGCUUAUGCUUGCACAGCAGAAUAUGACUUCUCCAUCAGCAAGUGAGAUGGAAACAAGGAGGUUAAGGAUGCUUCUUAAUAACCGAAGUAUGAAUCUAGGAAAAGAUGGCCUUCCAAAUUCUAUGGGAGAUGUGGUUUCUAAUGUUGGAUCGCCAUUACAAGCCGGUUGUGGUGUUUUGCCUCGAGGAGACCAUGAUAUGUUGAUCAAGUUAAAAAUGGCUCAGUUACAGCAGCAGCAACAACAGAACAAUAACCAACUUCAGCAACAUGCUCUCUCUGGUCCACAACAGUCCCAGAGUUCUAAUCAUAGUCUUCAUCCCCAAGAUAAAAUCGUUGGGUCGGGAAGCUUAACUGCAGAUGGUAGCAUGUCUAAUUCCUUUCGAGGAAAUGAUCAGACUUCAAAAACCCAGACUGGUCGAAAAAGGAAGCAGCCUGUAUCAUCAUCGGGUCCUGCCAAUAGUUCGGGGACUGCCAACACUGCUGGCCCUUCACCAAGUUCAGCCCCAUCAACUCCCUCAAACAAUACUCCCGGUGAUGUGAUUUCAAUGCCUGCCUUACCACAUAGUGGUGGUACUUCUUCGAAACCAGUGAUGAUGUUUGGGAAUGACGGUUCUGGAACUCUCACAUCUCCGUCUAAUCAGUUGUGGGAUGAAAAAGAUCUAGUGCAGGCUGAGAUGGAUCGGUUUGUGGAAGAUGGAUCUCUUGAUGAUAAUGUUGAGUCUUUUUUAUCGCAUGAUGAAGGCGACCACAGAGAUAUGGUUGGACGAUGCAUGGAUGCAAGCAAAGGAUUUGCGUUUACAGAAGUCAGCUCUGUUCGAGCUAGUGCGAGCAAAGUUGUUUGCUGCCAUUUUUCAUCAGAUGGGAAACUACUAGCAACCGGUGGCCACGAUAAAAAGGCUGUAUUAUGGUACACUGAUACCCUAAAGCAAAAGAGUACACUUGAAGAACAUUCAGGGUUGAUUACCGAUGUUCGUUUCAGUCCCGGGAUGUCUCGACUUGCAACAUCGUCUUUUGAUAAAACUGUCAGAGUUUGGGAUGCUGACAAUCCCAGUUAUUCUCUUCGAAAUUUCAAUGGACAUUCUGGUUCUGUUAUGUCUCUGGACUUCCAUCCAAACAAAGAUGAUCUCAUAUGCUCUUGCGAUGGAGAUGGCGAAAUAAGAUAUUGGAGCAUUACUAAUGGCAGUUGUUUGAGAGUAUUCAAGGGUGGAACGACACAGAUAAGAUUUCAACCUCGUCUUGGAAGGUAUCUAGCGGCAGCUGCUGAGAAUGUGGUCUCUAUACUAGACACGGAAACUCAAGUUAGUCGGCUUACAUUGAAGGGGCAUUCAAAACUAAUUGAUUCCAUCUGCUGGGAUCCAACUGGUGAAUACCUUGCAUCGGUGAGUGAGGACUCGGUUAGGGUAUGGAAUCUCGGUUCAGGGGGAGAUGGAGAGUGCAUGCACGAGCUGAGCUGUAAUGGAAACAAGUUCCAUUCUUGUGUAUUCCAUCCUGCAUUUUCCUCUUUGCUGGUCAUUGGCUGUUACCAGAGUAUGGAACUAUGGAACAUGUCCGAGAACAAGACGAUGACACUAGGGGCUCAUGAUGGACUGAUUGCUGGAUUGGCUGUUUCGACUGUGACCGGUUUGGUUGCUUCUGCUAGCCAUGAUAAAAUUGUCAAGUUAUGGAAAUGAUUUGACUUCUUUUCAACUAGUUAGUAGUUAGCUCUCUGUUGUUCUUAUGUAUCUAUUUUUAACUCUCUUUUGAUCAUCUCUGCUUUUCUAACAUGUGUUGUUAGUUAACUUGAGAGACUAAGAACAAAUACUCCAAGUCUUAAUCUCCAGACAUCUCAAUUGUUUUUGGUCUCCCGUUUUUCUCAUCAAUUUAAUAUCUUGAUACUUUCUUGA